GCUCCGUUCACAGGCUGCCUCUGAUAUCUGGGGCAAUAGGCUGCUAAGAAGCAGAGGGUGCCCAAGCAGCUCAAUGUCUCCUUUAUGUCUCACUUCUGGCAGCUUUUGGGUGCUGUGAGGAAGAGCUGGAGGAGGCUGGUGCAUCCCUAGAGACAUGCUGCUCUGUGCACCUGGAGAAGUUCAGCUUGGCUCAGCGCCUGCUCAGCCUCAGGCUGGUUGAGAGGAGGCUACAGUACGUGGCCAGACACCUGGAUGAAGUUCUGAUACCUUUAUAGUCUUGGCCCCUUGCCACACGGGGGAGAUCAUGCCUGUCGGGGGCUGGGAAGGAUCCGCUCAUCCCAUCCAAGCCCAGCCUCUCACCAGGCCUCCUGCCCACAGCAGACGAGACCGGGGAGAGCAGACCAUGGGUCUGGACCAGACGUCAGUCCGUGGCUUAGACUUCAACAUCCGCCAGAAGCAUCUGCAGAGUCAACUGGGGGCUCCUACCCCAUACACAGAGUCGCUGGCCAAGAUGAUCCCUAACGUCCCUGCUCUGCGCCCACCGGACAGAGACCCCAGGGUGAAGUUCAACAUGAGCAGGGUCCCUUUCCUAAGCUGUGAAGUCCUGGAGGAACUGGACUGUCACGUGCACACAAAGAGACUCCAGCAUGAGCAGGGCUUACCCCUCACCCCACAGAAACCCCACACAGCUCUUCUGCCUCCAGCUCCACAAACCCCCAUCCCGGGGGAGCCAUUGCUGGGUGAGCGGGACACCAAGCAGCAAUUGAUAUUAGACACAGAUCGGCCCAAAUGUGGAUUUCCAGCAAAGGUCCCGGAGCCCCUCAGAUCCAACACCAGCCCUCAGCGUGCACAGCCAUGUGUCUGCCCCUCUGGACCCCUGCCUCAAAAGGCCCACAGGAUCCUGGCAUCCGCUGAUGCCAUCCUGGCCAGGCUUGUGCCCACGGUGGUGGUCAAGCUGCAGGAUCACAUUGCUCAGAAAUGCUCAGAGAUCCAAAUGGAGGCGUUCCCAAAGAUGGUGAGAGAGUCGCACAGAGAUGCUCCCCUCGUGAGAGAGACGGCAAUAGCAGAGAAGACGCUCACAGCCACACUCCACCUCUAUAGGAGCGAGUUGAGAAAGCCCCUUACCAGUGUGAGCGGCACCAAAGGGACUGAAGAGAAGCUGGAGCUGCACAUGGAGAGGAAGGUUCUCUUGGGAGAAGGCUCUUGUCUGGGGCCAGGGGCACAGGCAGGUGAGGGCAGGGCAGAUCAUCCCAGGACCCAAAGCCACCAGGUUGCCCCAGAGGCCCCAGGCUCUGAGCAGCUAACAAGAUCCACCCUUGACUCUCUCAUUGCUGGGCAGGCUGCACACGACCUGCAGCUGAAGCACCUGAUGGAAAUGUUGAGCAGAUCCCGUCCCUUGGCGGGCCAGGUCUCAGUCUGCCAGCAGUGCCGUAAGACAUAUCCAGGAAAGAUGAAGGGUAAGAAAACUCAGGAGGAGACAUCUGCUGAGCUGCAUGGUCUUCAAGACAUCAUGGAUCCACAUGGGCUCGAUGGAACUGUGAAUUCAAAGCUCUUCAGGGAUCAGCUGCCAAUUAGAGUCUGCAAGAAGUGCAGUAAGCUUCGACGGAAGAGACCAGCUGGCUCUGCAGGUGCUGACUUGCCCGGAAGAUCCCAUGGAAUUCCACAGCGAUGGACUCCAGGAGACUCCUCAGCAUCAUCCAACAACAAAAAGAUGCCAGUGGUGUGGCUCCUUCCAGCAGACAGGAGAAAGACGCAGGAUGGAAUGGGGAAAACGGCUCCCAGUAAGCAACCAAAGAUGGUGUCCAUUGCUACAAGUACAACAGGGCUUUCGCAAGCUGGGGAGAAAACAACUGAGAGUCCUGACGGUUCUCCCCCAAAGUCACCAAAGGCCUCUAGAGCUAGGACAUCAUCCCCUUCAAGGAGAAAAGUUCCAAUUCUCAAACGGAUGUUAAUGUGCCUCAAGAAAACCUGCACUAAGCUUCAAAACAAAGUGAAGUCCCAAAUGUCCAAGGACUCUCGUUCAAGAACACCUGAUGUAAAUUUACAAAGCCACUCCUUGGGAAGGCAAGGGCCUCCAAGGGUGUCUGGUAGUAGUAUAAGGGCCCUACCAUCAAUAAAACACUAACCCCUCCCCUUGACCCCUCAAAACCCGCUCCUUGACCCCUUAAGCCCCAACCACCUGUCACUGGAAGUCCCACCCAUGGCGGACACAUGACCGGAAGCAAAGUGUGUCAUGUGACCCCUCUAAGAACUCCUCCCACUGCCCUCUACCAAUCAGGAUGUGUUUUGUCCCCGUAGGCCCGCCCCGAGAGGAGAUUUGACCAAUCAGGGGUGUUCUGGGGCGGGGUGACCCAUCCGGAAGUGGUUCAUGUGACCUCUCUAAGAACUCCUCCCACUGCCCUCUACCAGUCGCAAUGGGUUUCAGCCACAUAGGAGCACCCCGAGAGCAGGUCCUUAUCCCCUGAUACCCCUCUCCUGGCACUCCUGCCCCUAACUGCUCCCCAUGAGCAUCGUGGUCUCCGGAGGGGGCGGGGGGGGGCAGGUUUAUGAUGCCCCUUCCCCUAGCUGGCCAGUGAGCCUGGGCAUUGGCCCAGUGGGUCUGGCUGGAGCUGGUUUCCCUGGCAGCACGUCUGGCCUGUGAGCUGCAGGGCCUGCCCGGGGGCUGUGCAGAUGCAGCAGUCGAGCCGCUUAAGGGGGCGGGGACUGGUCCCCGUGGCAUUAGCGCCGGCUCCCUCCCGACUCGCCUUGUACCCUGAGCUGUUUGUUCUUGUUUGCCCCGACAGAGCCCGAGCCCUGAGCAGGGCCUGCCAUGGCCAGAAGCAGAGCUGACAGCCGCCCCUGGCCCCGCAGCCUGGCUCCACAUCGCACCGCGCCGUAGCUUUGUGCAGACACAAAUAAAGGGCUGGAACCUCCCGUG